AUGUCGAUGGAUUGCGAAUUUCCGGUCAAGAUCAUCGUCACGAAUUCCAGAAACAAGAAUCAAAGACCAAAACUUCGUGCUGUGGCUUGGCGCCCAGGAUUUUUGAUGGCUGAUUUUGAAGAUAACGUGAUGAUUGCUUUGUAUUGGGGUGGUGAAAUAAUCACUGAAAUGAAUAAAUUUCGAUAUAGCGAAUGUGCAAGAAUGAUUGUAAGCAUGUCUAUUUCGACCAACUACGUUGAAUUAAUUAAAUUGUUGCAUGAGAAAAUGGGGACUGAUGGUGAAAAUAUUCAAUUGGAUAUUUCUGGAAAAUAUCCAUGCUCAUUUCAAGCUUUUCAAUACUCUAAUCCUGGAACAGUUGUGGAAUGGAAACACGAAGAGUCAAUGAGUUCGCCAGAGGUAAAAACUUUCAAAUUUGUAUUUUGGGCUUUCAAGCCAUGCAUUGAUGGAUUCCAAACUUGCCGUCCUGUUAUUUCAGUAGAUGGAACUCAUAUGUAUGGUAAAUAUGAGAUAAAAUUGUUAAUUGCUGUUGGAGUUGACGGAAAUGAUAACAUUCUUCCUCUUGCAUUUGCUAUUGUUGACAAGGAGUCGAAAGUGGCAUGGAAAUGGUUUUUUAGGAAACUGAGUACAUAUGUGAUAAAGGAUAAAGAAGACAUAUGUAUUGUCUCUGAUAGGGCAAAAGGAAUCUUGACUAGUUUAUCAGAAUUGUGGCAAUUUCAGGAGCCUCGGGCCUUUCAUCGAUUUUGUUUAAGGCAUCUUAAAAGUAACUUUCAAUCUCAAUUUCCAAACAGGGACCUCAGUAAUUUGAUGUGGAGGGCUGCUACUGCUCAUCAAGUAAGGAAGUUUGAAGCUUUGAUGUGGGAAAUUCAAGAAGAAAAUAGAGAAGCAUAUGAAUACCUCAUGCGAAUUCCAUUGAACAAAUGGACUGUUAGCCAUGAUGAUGGAAAAAGAUGGGGAGUAUUGACAACAAAUCUUUCAGAGUCUUUCAACGAACUUCUAAAAAAAGCUCGAGGCUUGCCUGUCACUGCCAUGGUUAGACUUUCAUUGGAGCAAACCGUUGAACGAUAUACUCGUAGAUGUCAAACAACUCACCAACUUGUUGAGCAAAAUGAAUUGUGGACAAGCAGUUUCAAAAUGAAGUGGGAAAAGAACUAUGAAGGUUCAAAAAGACACUUUGUUUAUGAUUGGAAUAUAUCCACAGGGGUAUAUGAGGUUAGAUCUAUACAGAUUGAUGGUACUGGUGGUAAUCCUCACUGUGUUUCAUUAAGUGAAAAAAAAUGUGAUUGUGAAAAAUGGGCAAAUUUGCAUUUUCCGUGUUCACAUGUCAUGAAGGUUACUGAAAGAAUGGGAGCACUAGCUAGAAAUUUUGUAAGCGAGCAUUUCACAACAGAGAAUUAUGUUACAACAUAUUCUGGGUCGUUCUCACCGAUUGGGCACGAGGCAUAUUGGCCAUCGCCGAGUUUUAUAAUGAGAAGUAAUGAAUUCUAUCGUCGUCCCAAUCGAUCAAGGACUACUAGAAUUCCUAAUGAGAUGGAUCGUGAUCCUGUAGUAUAUGGGCGGGCUUGUGGAUUGUGUAGACAGACCGGGCAUGAUAGGCGUAGAUGUCCAACUCGAAAUCAAACUUAA